UCCCUCUUUCAACAAUUUGCAUGCAAGCAUUAGUGGGAGUGUUCAGUGAUUUAGAAACUUCAGCUGCACACACAGCAUCUUGUUCAAACUUCAGUUUAUCCAGUUCGUUGAUCCAUGAUGAAACUCUCUGCCAUUGUUCCACUGUGGGCUCUUCUCUCUCUCACCCAGCAGGCAGCUCCACGCGAAAAGUGUUCCUGUGAUCUGAGUCUUGAAGAAAAGGCAUUCCCUCAUGACAAACUCCAAACAGUGGAGGGCAAUGCAACAGAGUGCAAAACCCAUGUCACACCAGAGAAGGCUCUGGAGCUGGAAAGUCUGCUGUUGGGACUGGAGAAACGUCUCACCCAGCUGCACAAUGACAUGACCAUCUUGGAGAACGAGGAUGAUGGGGAGCUGUAUGGAGUUCUCAGUCUGUUCAUUAUUGAAAACGAAAUGGUUGAGAUCAGACAGCUGAUGAACAAGCUCAACAGAACCACUCUGGAAUACCAAGUCCUCACUGCUGACACCAUUCAACAGCUGGAGGACUUGAAAACUGAAAUGACCAAACUGGAGAAAUUUGACACCAUGGAGGUAAUGAAGGGACGAAAGGUCAACAGGCAUCUGAAGAUUGCCCUGCAAACAUGCAAGAGCGGCGUUAAUGUCACUGCCGUACCCACCCAGGAACCAUAUGGUACGUGUGAACGAGGUCCGCUCCGGAACGUUACUGGGCCUGUUGUCAACACACAAGGAGAGUUCUCUGGCAAUUAUCCCUAUGGGGCUUGGGGUCGUGAUCCCAAACCAGAGGUGGGGAAAGACAGAUGGUACUGGGUGGUACCACUGACCUCCAGCCAGUACGCAAACUAUGUCCGUUUCUACUCCAGUCUUAGCGCUCUCAUCAUUGGGGUGAGCAAUCCAGGUAACAUCCAGAUUUCCCCUUCUAACCCAACAACCAACACCAUUCAGGGUCCCAAUAACGUUCUGUAUGGAGGUGCUCUGUACUACAACUGUUACAACCAAGAUGCUGUUUGUCGAUUCAACCUCACCACCAAAAUUGUGAGCAACGUAAAGCUACCCAAAGGAACCAGGUAUAACUCAAAGAGUAAUUUCUGCCAUCUUGAGAACUGCUUCCUCUUCACCGACCUGGACCUGAUCACAGACGAGUCAGGCGUCUGGGUGGUCUACACCACCACACAGGCUUUAGGCAAUCUGGUUCUGUCCAAGGUAGAGGAGACUGAGCCACCGAGCCUCGGUAAAACAUGGACCACUUCAGUCUACAAGCAAAGUGUGUCCAACACCUUCAUGGCCUGUGGUGUCCUCUAUGCAACACGAUACAUUGACACAAAUAUGGAGGAAGUGUUUUACUCUUUCGACACUACGACAGGGAUGGAGAACUUCAAGGUUGGCAUCUUCAUAAACAAGGUGUCUCCAAACAUUUAUUCCUUGAACUACAGCCCGGUGGACCAGAUGCUCUAUGUAUACAGUGAUGCUAAGAUGGUCUCCUACAAGGCUCUGUUUGGGUACUCUGAUCUUUAUUCUUCAUAGGCAUGACGAUUAGAGUUGUCAAUUUUUAUAAUCAGUUAAUAUCAGGUAAUAUCAGUAUGGUUUCAAUUAAUAUUUAAACAUCCUCCUUUUUCCAGUUUGGCUGAAUAAAAUGUACCUUACUUUUCUGUUAUCUUUGUUUAGCAAGUACAAUCUAAAAAAAGCAGUUUAAUAUAACUCUCUAAUGAAAUACUGUAUGGUCUCAACGACUUCGACAUGGAUUUAGUGUUACCAUUGUAACAUGGCUACAGAUUAAGUCAAAGUUGAUUGGGAAAAUUCUAAAAACAAAUUACUGGAUUGUGAUCAACAAGAUAUCGUUUUAAGUUCAUGAAAGUAAAAAAUUCUACUAAACAUUUCAUACAUCAGUUAACCAUAAGGUGACUUGGUAGUCCUUAGUAGAUUGUCUUUUGUGGAAGACUCUCCAUUCCUACCAUCUUAUAAACAUUUGCAAAGGAUUUGUUGCUGGAGAUGCUUCUAUUGUACUAGCUAUUAAUAUUUCCAGAGAAUUAUGUAAACUCACACCAAUAGCCUGCCCUCACUGUUGCUAAAAAAUAAAAAUA